CACAUCUAUAUAGGAGGUCCUGCAGUCAUAGAGGGGUCAUAGAUUGUGGGGGUCUCUUAUGUGGAUCUGUUAUAUUUCCCACCUGUCCGCUGUAUUGUACUGAAUUGUUGCAGAUGAGAAAUCAGGGAGAAGAUAUGACUGAUAUUAAAGUGGAGAAUGAAGAAGAGAAGAUGAUGGGCGAUCCCCCGUGUAAGAGUGAGAUGGAGGAGGACAUUCCAGGAGAUGUCACCACAGAAGCCUGUGGACUUCCUGGAAAGCAUUGGCGACGGAGCGGAUGUCUAUUAUAAACAAGUCCUGACCACUCACUGCCAUGAGUCUCUUGGCUUCUUCAUCCAUAUCAGCCCUUUCAAAUUGUUCAGCAGAAACUUCUUCCAUCUUCUCUGCCUCGGACGGAACCGCAGCGCCACCAUCUUCAGACCCAUUCUCAACAGAGAAUCCCAAUAAGAAUUCUGAGGAUGUCAUGUUAUCACUAAAUUAUAAUGUAGAAGAUAAAGAUAUCACGCCACGCCCUUCAGGAGGAAAUCUUAUUACUCUUAAUUUAUAUCCAGGACUUCACAGCAAAGAUCUGUCAUAUAAUCCCUCUAAUCGUGAGGAACCUUCUCCUGACCAAUCAAAAAUUAUCACAAAUGCAGGUCAGAAAGGGGGUAAAUGUUUUCAGCGUGGUAAAGAGUUCACAAAAAGUUCAGGUCUUUCUACACACAAAAUGACUCGCACAGGGAGGAAGCCAUACUCCUGUUCAGAAUGUGGUAAGUGCUUUACAGAUGAAUCCCAUCUUGCUACACAUGAGAAAAGUCACACAGGGGAGAAACCAUAUUCAUGUCCAGAAUGUGGGAAAUGUUUUACAGAUAAAUCAAGUCUUGUUAGACAUGAGAAAAUUCACAAAGGAGAGAAGCCAUAUUCAUGUUCAGAAUGUGGGAAAUGUUUUACACAGAAAUCAUAUCUUGUUACACAUCAGAGAAGUCACACAGGUGAGAAGCCGUAUUCAUGUUCAGAAUGUGGUAAAUGUUUUGCAGAUAAAUCACAUCUUGUUACACAUCAGAGGAGUCACACAGGAGUGAAACCGUAUUCAUGUUCAGAAUGUAGGAAAUGUUUUGCCCAGAAAUCAACUUUAGUUAUACAUGAGAGAAGUCACACAGGGGAGAAACCAUAUUCAUGUUCAGAAUGUGGGAAAUGUUUUGCAGAUAAAACACAUCUUGUUACACAUGAGAGAAUUCACACAGGACAGAAGCCGUAUUCAUGUUCAGAAUGUGGAAAAUGUUUCACACGAAAAUCACAUCUUGUUUUACACAAGAGAAGUCACACAGGAGAGAAGCCAUAUUCAUGUUCAGAAUGUGGGAAAUGUUUUACAACAAAAUCAUAUCUUGUUACACACGAGAGAAGUCACAAAGGAGAGAAGCCAUAUUCAUGUUCAGAAUGUGGAAAAUGUUUCACACGAAAAUCACAUCUUGUUUUACACGAGAGAAGUCACAAAGGAGAGAAGCCACAUUUAUGUUCAGAACGUGGGAAAGGUUUUACACAGAAAUCAAAUGUUGUUACACAUGAGUGAAUUCACACAAGAGAGAGAACCUGUAAUGUUGAAUUGCUAUCCUGCAGCACAUGUGUGCAAGCAUUAGUACGGAUCCGGCAGACUGUUCUCUUGCCAGAACAGACUGUCGGACAAACCUAACACUAAUGUUAAAGUAGCCUUACAAAGUUGGGGCUAUAUGGCAACAUGAUUCGCUCUACGGCAAGUCUUAGAAUAGUCAAGCAACUUGUCUGCAACUUGCUGUCGCGCAGAUUUUUGUAGUUGUUAUUUUUUUGGAUGGAAUUAUCCUGGCUCUAUCAUAAAAUGUAAAGCUCAGAAGAAAAGAGCCUUGUUUACCUCCAGAGCAGAGAAUAUGAACUGUCCCCAUGAACCUUGCUUCUUAUCAGUGUAUUCACACCUCCACCCACGCUGCCGGAGAGUCCAGAUUGACAUGGAGAGAAGUAACGACGUUCCAUGUAAUUGUUUUAUAACGUAUUUGGACAUAGUAAUAUUUCAUCUUCAUACAGUAUUUCAAGGUGUUCUCCAGCUUUUGGUUCAAUUAGUGAACAGUGGUAAUCUGUGAGGGGCAGCUCUUUUACAUAGGGCCUACCAUCCCUUGCUCCCCCGAUGCUGCAGCAACAGUGCAGUGCAGAUGGCAGCAUUGGGGGAGCGAGGGAGGGUAAGUCCUAUGUGAAAGAGCUUCCCUCCACAGGUUAGGACCAUUCACUACUUAGACCAAAUGCCAAAAGAUAAAAUAAAAUCUUCUAUUUGCUCCACGACAUCGUCACCAUUGUCACUGACAGACAUUGUCUUCUUGGCUCAUAUAUUUUCUCCUAGUCCUGUGACCUUCAUUGCUCCUACAGACUAACCGUCCUGUGCGGAGACAGUGAUAUUGAUGGCAUGAUGACUAUAUCACUGAUUUAUCUGACCGGGUGAUCUGUGAUAAUUAACUCCAUAUGUACAUUCCUGCGGUGUAAUGGUAAACCUAUCUAGGUACUGGAGCGCAUUAGGGCUCUGCUUGUCGAAUGAUGAUUAUUUCAUUUGUAACAUGCAUUUAUAUUUUCUCUAUAUAA